AACUCGCUCAGCCCAACCUCAAAGAUGCAAGUUCGCAAGAAUGUUGAGUUCAAAACUUCAGAUGGACUUACUCUAAGAGGCUGGCUAUAUCCUACAGCGAAAAAAGGGCCUGGUAUUGUUAUGUCACCAGGGGUAUGUAUGCCUCAGUCGAGAUGCAAUACUAGAAACGUCCAUCUGAUUUAUCAUACCCAUUCCAAGUAAUCGUCCACGCACAAGAUUAGAUGAGCUCAGCGACGUGGUAAUUAAGGCUGCGCUAACGUACUAUAGUUUGCUUGUGUAAAAGAGAUGAUUGCGCCAACGAUUGCAGACCGCUUUCAUGCUGCAGGAAUCACUGUGCUACUCUAUGAUCCACGUAGCUUUGGCGAAAGUGAUGGAGUUCCACGAGAGGACGUUGAACCUUACAAGCAAAUGGAGGACUACUCUGAUGCGUUCACAUUUCUUCUAUCUCUACCAACAGUAGAUCCUAGAUGUGCUGGGGUUUGGGGAAUAUCCUUAUCAGCUUCGACUGCAGCUUGUGCCGGAGCCUUGGAUGCACGAAUGCAGUUUGUGAUCGCCAUUAGUCCUCCUUCGUCGUUCUCCUACAGCCCUGAAUCAUUACGUUAUAUCUUGAAUACUGCCGCGGAAGAUCAAGGUCGGAGAUCUAGUGGUAAAGAGCCAAUCUACUGCCCUGCUCUGGGCUCCAAAGGGGAAUGCCUCCUGGAAGGGAUGUCAUGUGAGGAGGAUUAUGGCUUCAUACUGGAAUAUCUGAAGAGUUGUCUGUCCUGGACCAACAGAUGUACGAUCCAGAGUUUCUGCAGGCUAUUGACAUUUCACCCCAAGGAGAUGUUGAAACGCGCAAGUCCCAAAUCACCACUAAUCAUAGGGGGUGAUCGGGAUAUGAUCUCUCCAGUUGAAGAUCUACUCGAGAUAUUUCAUGUUUUGAAGCAGCCCAAAAGAUGGCAUCUCGAGAAAGGCAAGGGGCAUUUUGAUGUUCACCAAGGAGAAAGUUGUGUGAAGGUACAGACGGAUUGGAUUAGGUCCAUCAAAUGGAAUCUCGACCAAGAGGAAUGAUAAUUAUACGAUUCGUGUUUUAGUUAGCAAAGUAUCUUUUCUAGACAUGACACAUAAGCAUUUAUUGAAGGCACGAGCACUACAAACUUGAAUAAAGAUCACCAAAGACGUAAACACUGGCAAAGGUAUGA